AUGCCGCCUCGUAUUUGUCUUCGUUCUGCUGAAUCAUUAAGACAGUCUUUAACAAGUCCCAAUUCACGAAAUGCUUCUCUUUUGGACUUACGACCCCUCCAAUUGAGUAAACCCGCUCCAAAGAUUUAUGAAAAUACCCCUCAGCAUCGCUACCUCAGCAAUACUUCUUCCCUCCAAUUCAAAAAUACCAUUCCUCUCCUCAAGAAAAAAGACAAAAACAACAAAUCAUCAUCUUCCGAUUCCUCUGAAAAUUCCUCUUCCUCUUCCUCUUCGACAGCAGAAGAAAAUGAUCCUUUUGAUUUUUCCACUCUCCAAACCGGUAUUGACAAGUCUCUUGAGAAGCUCAAGAAUGAUCUUGGGAAAUUGAGGACAGGGGGUCGUUUUAAUCCAGAGGUAUUAGAGGGAUUACGGGUGAAAUUGGGAAAAGAUGCAAAGGAAAGUUUUCGGUUAGGUGAUUUGGCGCAGGUUUUACCGAAAGGGGGGAGGAGCGUCGUUGUGCUUGUUGGGGAAAAAGAUCACAUUAAACCCAUCCUCUCCACCAUUCAAUCCUCUCCCACUCUAUCCCUCCAACCUGUUCCCGAUCCACAAAAUCCACACGCGCUGAAUAUUCCCAUACCACCUCCUACCAAAGAAUCUCGUGAUGCAGCGCUGCAAGCAGCUUCAAAAGCAGGAGAAUUGGCUAGCAAUGGGGUACGUAAUGCGAGAGGAGCUAUGCAGAAGAAGUUAAGGGCUAUGGAAGUGAAGAAGACGGUUAGACCGGAUGAUUCGAAAAAGGCUCAUAAGGAGAUGGAGAAGGUGGUUGAGAAGGGGAAUGGAGAGGUUAAGAAGCUGGUUGAGGCGGCGAGGAAGGGGAUGGAACAGGCUUAG